CACAACAACACACAAGAAAACUCAACAACUUAACUUUUGAGUCUUCUCUCUCUCUCUGCUUCUGCUAGCUUACAUACAAACAUGAACACUUUUACCUCAAACUCUUCGGAUCUCAUCACUCCCACUUCAAUGGAAACAUCGUCCUUCAGCACCUUGUAUCUCCUCACAACACUUCAAGCCUUUGUGGCUAUCAUCUUAGUGACUCUACUCAAGAAAAUGAUGUCGACCACCACGACUGACCCGUCCAGUGCAAAGAAACCGUCUCUCCCGCCGGGUCCCACCGGAUGGCCGAUCAUCGGAAUGAUUCCGGCCAUGCUAAAGAGCCGUCCCGUUUUCCGGUGGCUCCACAGCAUCAUGAAGCAGCUCAACACCGAGAUAGCCUGCGUGAGGUUGGGAAACACUCACGUGAUCACCGUCACUUGCCCUAAGAUAGCACGUGAGAUGCUCAAGCAACAAGACUCUCUCUUCGCCUCGAGGCCUUUAACCUACGCUCAGAAGAUCCUCUCCAACGGCUACAAAACCUGCGUGAUCACUCCCUUUGGUGACCAGUUCAAGAAAAUGAGGAAAGUUGUGAUGACGGAACUCGUUUGCCCGGCGAGACACAGGUGGCUCCACCAGAAGAGAUCAGAAGAAAACGAUCAUCUAACCGCUUGGGUAUACAACAUGGUCAAGAACUCGGGCUCUGUCGAUUUCCGAUUCAUGACUAGGCACUACUGUGGAAAUGCAAUCAAGAAGCUUAUGUUCGGGACAAGAACCUUCUCUAAGAACACUGCACCUGACGGCGCCCCGACCGUGGAAGACGUAGAGCACAUGGAAGCUAUGUUUGAAGCAUUAGGGUUUACGUUUGCUUUCUGUAUCUCUGAUUACCUACCCAUGCUCACUGGGCUUGAUCUUAACGGCCACGAGAAGAUUAUGAGAGAUUCGAGUGCGAUUAUGGACAAGUAUCAUGACCCAAUCAUCGACGAGAGGAUCAAGAUGUGGAGAGAAGGAAAGAGAACUCAGAUCGAAGAUUUUCUUGAUAUUUUCAUCUCUAUCAAGGACGAACAAGGCAACCCAUUGCUUACCGCCGAUGAAAUCAAACCCACCAUUAAGGAACUUGUAAUGGCCGCGCCAGACAAUCCAUCAAACGCUGUGGAAUGGGCCAUGGCGGAGAUGGUGAACAAACCGGAGAUUCUCCGUAAAGCAAUGGAAGAGAUAGACAGAGUCGUCGGGAAAGAAAGACUCGUUCAAGAAUCCGACAUCUCAAAACUAAACUACGUCAAAGCUAUCCUCCGCGAGGCAUUCCGUCUCCACCCUGUCGCAGCCUUUAACCUCCCACACGUGGCACUUUCCGAGACAACCGUCGCAGGAUAUCACAUCCCAAAAGGAAGCCAAGUCCUUCUUAGCCGAUAUGGGCUAGGCCGUAACCCGAAAGUUUGGGCCGACCCAUUAAGCUUUAAACCGGAGAGACAUCUCAACGAAUGCUCCGAAGUUACUUUGACUGAGAACGAUCUUCGGUUUAUCUCGUUUAGUACCGGGAAAAGAGGCUGCGCUGCUCCUGCGCUAGGAACUGCGCUGACCACGAUGUUGCUCGCGAGACUUCUUCAAGGUUUCACAUGGAAGCUGCCGGAGAGUGAGACGCGUGUCGAGCUGAUUGAGUCUAGCCAUGAUAUGUUUCUGGCUAAACCAUUGGUUAUGGUCGGUGAGCUGAGAUUGCCGGAGCAUCUCUACCCCGCGGUGAAGUGAGAUGAGAACGACGCCGUAUAUACAUAUUUUUAAUGAAAUUUUUAUAAUAAUGGUUUACGUUUAACGGCCAACCCAAGUUUGGUAAAAAUCCCGGUUACCAAAAGAUAAUUGGGGUAAUUUGCGAACAAACUUGUGUGUUGGUCUUUGUUCUUUUGGGGACACUUGAUUCCUGUCUCCUCCUUUAAUUACCUCUUCUUUUGUUUUUUUUCAAUAAAAAAUAAAUAAACGUUUACUAUUUAAA